AUGGGCCGUCUCCUCGUCAUUUCUGUCAAUACUUCGGAGGAGAUCGUGUGGUAUGUUGACCCGGAGACUGUUACAGAGGCGAUCCGUGGCCUAGGGGCAAAAGGGCGGAGUGAUGAGACUGUCGGCCAGCCUGAUUUCCGCGCGGUUUUCUGAAUUCAUUAUCUACCCGAUCUCGAAUGGCUGA